AUGCUUGAAAAGGGCCACGCAGAAGCGGUGCCUUUUGAUGAACUAGAAACCCAAAGUGGAAAGGUGUGGUACAUUCCACAUCACGGAGUGCACCAUCCAAAGAAGGGCUCCCUGAGAGUUGUAUUCGAUUGUUCCGCAUCCUUCCAGGGAACAUCCUUGAACAGCGAAUUGAUACAAGGUCCAAAUCUCACCAGUAACCUGAUAGGCGUCCUGUUGCGCUUCCGCCAGGAGCCAAUCGCCCUUAUGGCAGACGUGGAAAGCAUGUUUCACCAGGUGAGAGUUAUGGAGAACCAUGUGGACUUUUUGCGUUUUCUAUGGUGGCCAAAUGGUGACUCAGGUCAACCAUUGAAAGAACACAGAAUGACAGUGCACUUAUUCGGGGCAACAUCUUCGCCAAGUUGUGCAAGUUUCGCCCUCAAACAAACUGCCGAAGAUUUCAAAGAUCUCUUUUUGCAUGAAACAGUGGAAACAAUUAAGCAAGAUAUUUAUGUGGAUGAUUGCUUGAAAUCGGUGGCCACUGAAGCUGAUGCUGUGACGUUGUGCAAAGAGCUUGAAAGAGCUUGCUCAAUGGGAGGCUUUCGUUUGCACAAAUGGAUAAGUAACAGCAGAACUGUCCUAAUGUCCAUCCCACAAGCAGCCAGAGCAAAGGAGGUCAAAGACCUCGACUUGGAAUCCAGCGAUCUUCCUACAGAAAGAACUCUUGGCAUACAGUGGCACAUAGAAAGAGACAAACUCACUUUUGCAGUGAGCCUGAAACAGCAGCCAUGUACUCGAAGGGGAAUACUGUCCAUCAUAUCCUCGGUAUACGAUCCUCUUGGCUUCAUCUCUCCAUUCGUCCUUACUGCUAAGAACAUUCUGCAAGAUCUUUGCAAGCAGAAUUAUGCCUGGGACAAAGACCUACCAGACCACUACACGCAGCUGUGGCAUGAAUGGAUGGCAGGUCUAAGUUGCAUUGGAGAGCUCAGUGUCAACAGAUGUUUCAAGCCAAAGAACUUUGGUCCGAUAACAUCUGCACAACUACAUCACUUUAGUGAUGCGUCUGAAAGUGGUUAUGGUUGUGUCACGUACGUUCGUCUCUCAAAUUCAGGACAUGAAGUGCACACCUCAUUUCUAAUGGGGAAAUCCCGAGUUGCACCAUUGAAACAAACUACAAUGCCAAGAAUGGAACUCACUGCAGCAGUGCUUGCAGUACGAAUGGAUAGACUGAUCAAAGCAGAGUUACAACUUGCUCUUGAGAACUCCAUUUUCUGGACAGAUAGUACGUCAACAUUGAAGUACAUUCAGAAUGAGAACAAAAGAUUUAAAACAUUUGUGGCCAAUAGAGUGAACGCAAUCAGAGAAAUGACCAAGGUAAAACAAUGGAGAUACAUAAACACUAAACAAAAUCCAGCUGAUUGUGCGUCUCGUGGUCUCAAGGCCAGUGCUCUUCUGAAUUCGAAAGUUUGGCUGAAUGGUCCAGAAUUUCUCAAAUGUCAGGAAUCUGAA